GGGCGUCUGCCGGUGUUGCCAGCGCGGCGGCUGCGGCUCUCUCGGUUCCGCCAGCGGGUUCAGCGAGGGCGAGCCAGACGGCGAAGGGCGUGGAGCUGGACCGGGUGAGUCAGGCACUCCCUGCGCGAUAAAGGGAGGCGGCGCCGUCGCCCUCGCCCUCUCGUCGGGCUGCGCGGAGUCGGGCGGCCCCGGCCGGGCGCGCACUCAGGGACUCCGUUAUCGUUGCGACAGCGAUAGCAGGGCACAGAGGAGAAGCCAGAGCCCGGCCCUAGCACCUGUUCUCGCCCUCAGCACCCGCCACCGGCCCCACCAUGCAGUCCCGGGAAGAUGCGCCGCGCUCUCGCCGCCUCGCCAGUCCCCGCGAUGGGAGGAGGCCUAAGAGGAUUUCCAAACCCUCCGUUUCGGCUUUUUUCACGGGCCCGGAGGAGCUGAAGGACACGGCCCAUUCUGCAGCGCUGCUGGCACAGCUCAAGUCCUUCUACGACUCUCGGCUGCUAUGUGAUGUGACCAUCGAGGUGGUGACGCCUGGCAGUGGGCCUGGCACAGGCCGCCUUUUUUCCUGCAACCGUAACGUGCUGGCUGCCGCAUGUCCCUACUUCAAGAGCAUGUUCACCGGCGGCAUGUACGAGAGCCAGCAGGCGAAUGUGACCAUGCAUGAUGUGGAUGCCGAGUCCUUUGAGGUGUUGGUCGAAUACUGCUACACGGGUCGCGUGUCGCUAAGUGAGGCCAACGUGCAGCGCCUUUACGCCGCCUCCGACAUGCUGCAGCUGGAGUACGUGCGGGAAGCCUGUGCCUCCUUCCUAGCCCGCCGCCUUGACCUGGCUAACUGCACCGCCAUCCUCAAGUUUGCUGAUGCCUUCGACCAUCACAAGCUGCGAUCACAGGCCCAGUCCUUCAUAGCCCACAACUUCAAACAGCUCAGCCGCAUGGGUUCAGUACAGGAGGAGACUCUGGCAGAUCUGACCCUGGCCCAGCUGCUGGCCGUCCUGCGUCUGGAUAGUCUAGACAUUGAGAGUGAGAGGACAGUGUGUCACGUUGCCAUGCAGUGGUUGGAGGCGGCCCCCAAGGAGCGGGGUCCCAGUGCUGCAGAAGUCUUCAAGUGUGUCCGCUGGACACAUUUCACUGAUGAAGAUCAGGAUUACCUAGAAGGGCUGUUGACCAAGCCCAUUGUGAAGAAGUACUGUCUCGACCUUAUUGAAGGGGCUCUGCAGAUGCGAUUUGGUGACAUGUUGUACAAGUCUGUGGUGCCAGAGCCAGACAGCAGUAGUAGCUCUGUUGUAUCCGCAGCAGAAAAUCCACCCCAGAGGCUAGGUAUGUGUGCCAAGGAGAUGGUGAUCUUCUUUGGACAUCCCAGAGAUCCCUUUCUCUGCUAUGAUCCGUACUCGGGGGACAUUUACACAAUGCCAUCACCUUUGGCCAGCUUGGCUCACACUAAAACUAUCACCUCCUCAGCUGUGUGUGUCUCUCCAGAUCAUGACAUCUAUCUGGCUGCCCAGCCCAGGAAACAUCUCUGGGUGUAUAAACCAGCCCAGAAUACUUGGCAGCAACUUGCAGAUCGCUUGCUCUGUCGUGAGGGCAUGGAUGUGGCCUACCUCAAUGGCUACAUUUAUAUCUUGGGUGGGCGAGACCCUAUUACUGGAAUUAAAUUGAAGGAAGUGGAAUGUUACAGUGUUCAGAGGAACCAGUGGGCACUGGUGGCUCCUGUACCCCAUUCCUUCUAUUCCUUUGAACUAAUAGUGGUUCAGAACUACCUUUAUGCUGUGAACAGUAAGCGCAUGCUCUGCUAUGAUCCUAGCCACAAUAUGUGGUUGAACUGUGCUUCUCUUAAACGUAGUGACUUUCAGGAAGCCUGUGUAUUCAAUGAUGAGAUCUAUUGUAUCUGUGACAUCCCAGUCAUGAAGGUCUAUAACCCAGCCAGGGGAGAAUGGCGGAGGAUUAGUAAUAUUCCUUUGUUCUCAGAGAUCCACAAUUAUCAGAUUGUCAGUCAUGGCCAAAAGUUGCUACUCAUCACUUCUACCACGCCACAGUGGAAAAAAAACCGGGUGACUGUGUAUGAAUAUGAUACUAGGGAAGACCAGUGGAUUAAUAUAGGUACCAUGUUAGGUCUUUUGCAGUUUGACUCUGGCUUUAUUUGUCUUUGUGCUCGUGUUUAUCCUUCUUGCCUUGAACCUGGUCAGAGUUUCAUCACUGAGGAAGAUGAUGCACGGAGUGAGUCUAGUAAUGAUUGGGACUUAGACGGAUUCAGUGAGCUGGACUCUGAGUCAGGAAGUUCAAGUUCUUUUUCUGAUGAUGAAGUCUGGGUGCAGGUUUCACCUCAGCGAAAUGCACAGGAUCAGCAGGGUUCUUUGUAAAUAUUUUGAAACACUAAGAUGUUUCUACUGCUAUGUAAUGUAUCUUUUAAAAAUAUUCUUUUCCUGAAAACAAAAAAUUGAUUAAGACUGCAGAUUUGGUUUAGAAAGGCUAAUGUUUGAAUUACUAAUGUUACAGAAUUUAAAAAGUCCACAAAAUCAACCUAUAUUAGAAUUUACUAUGUUAAACGUCAAGAUUAAAAUAUGCAAAAAACGAACUAUAUAAUUCGUUAGAGUGCUUGGUGGUUUUUUUCAUUGUUUGAGUAUUCAUUGCGCCAGUGGAUUGUAUUAAUUAGUUGCACUGUUUAUAUUUUGGUUAUCUAAUAUAGCUUUCUGUUAACUUUUUAAUUCUAUUUAGUGCCUGCUGCAAGGAAUUUAACUUUUUCACUUUUAGAAUAGAAAACUGGACUAGAAACUGU